AUGAAGGAAGAAAUAGCCGCUGCUGUGUUUUUUAUGACCCGUUUGGUAAAGCGCUACGGAAGUCUAAACAACGACGGGCGAGAAUGCUUCGCCGCCGCGCUUACAUCGGCCUUGUUGGAGUGCUAUAAGAAUCACUGGUACCCUAACAUGCCUACCAAGGGACAGGCCUACAGGUGUCUGAGAAUGAACCGCAUGCAACCAGAGGAUCCGGUGGUUCAGAAGGCGUGCGAGAGGAGCGGUGUCUGCUACGAGGACCUCGGCCUACCACGGGAGUUCACUGUGUGGGUUGACCCCGGCGAGGUGUCAUGCAGGUACGGUGAACACGGCUCGCCCUUCUGCGUGUCUCUUUUGGACGCCAGGCGGCGUUCUGACGGGAAGUUUACUCGGCGUGUCCAUGAUGCUGUGGAGCGCGCUGGUCUGGAUGUGCCUGAGGAUAGCUCUUCGGAUCACGACGACGAUGACAACGAUGACGAGAAAGAGGACUGUUGCAAUGGCAAUGGCAGCCUGUCUCCGCUUUGCACCGAACCCAGAACUAUCCCGACUGUCAGCAACCCGAACAGCGUCUACCGGUUCAGCGAGUUUGCUUCAGGCGCCCCCCAAACGUGGCUCACCUACCCCAUGAGAAAGCCCUUCGGCGGGGAUGUCUUUCUGCCUCACGCGCCCCUUCCUCCUCCUGCACCGCAGCAGCUGACUGCCACCAAAGGUUUCAAUUCGUACCGGGCCACGUUCACUUUCACCGGGCCUCGUGUGGACAAGUACCACUGGGUCAGCAAAUCCCGCUCAUAG